AUGGACGAAAAGCGAAGGAGAAAAAAGAAGCGGAGGCCCCAGGCGUCUGCGCCGGCUCUUCCGGCCUCCUCUUCCUCUUGUCCCUCUUUGUCAGGCUCCCCCUCUUCCCUCUCUUCUUCUGCGUUGGUGUGUCGAGUGCCGAUGCCCCCAGCAGCUGUAACCUGUGACGCUGAACUUUCUGGAGCGUGCAGCACAACUGCUCAUAGCGGUGAGGAAAGGCUCUUUUUUCCACAAGGCGGCGCGGGGACAGCCGGACCGGAAGGGCCGUCGUCUCCCCGUUCUGGAGAGUCGCGUUUGGCCUCUCACGCGAAGAUCAAAAGCAGCCGAGCUGUGGCCUCUCACUCUCCUCUCCUCUCGCCAAAUGCCGCUUACGUCUCGCCCCCCAAGUCUCCGAAGAAACACGCCGGAAAAGGCGUUUCUUCAGGUGUCUGUGAAGAUCCAAGUGCUGCGCGCUUCCUCGAAGCUCGUGGCCACCCCGCCGUGCGUCCCCCCGCGUCAGCUGCCUCCAGCGCGUCUCCUGACUCGCCCGCGUUGACCGUCGAUCGCGCUGGAGUGGCGAAGCGCCGGACGAGCGGCCGAAAAAAGGGCGACGAGGACGGAUCUGGGGAGAGGACAGAGACCGCCAAGAGAGAGAAGAGAGAGAAGAAGAGAAAGAAGAAGGAGUGGAUGCGGGAGGAGGAAUGGCAGAUAGAGGGAGAAGCAGUGCAGGAGAGAAACAGAGAGGAAGAGAUGAAGCGCGAAGUGGAAGGCGUCAGAGACAAGGACUGGGCGGGAGGUGCGGACAGAAACGGGGAGUCGGAGAAGAGACGGAAAGUGCGAGAGAUAGGCGCUGAACGCGAGAACGAGGGCAAACGUCGGAGUGAAGGAAACCAAGGCGCUGAACGGGAGCGAGAGGGAGGACGAGAACUGAAACAGAGAGAAAAGAAGGACCGACACGAGAGAGCGAGGGAGAAACGCAGAGAGGAUGCAGCGACGCACAGCUCUCCUGAAAACAGCAAGGAGACUGGGGGCGUGGAUGGCUCAAACACGCGGCCGCCGCCGGCGGCUUCUGCUCGGGAAGAGAAAACGCGAAGAGGACAGAGAUCGGAUCUUCAAUGCUCUCCACCUCAGGAAAUGCCUCGCCGCUUUAAUCCGGAACCUUGGCGUUCUCAUCCUCUGAGAGACGCAGAAGCACGGGGCUCUCCGCCAAGCGUAGCUGGGUCCGAGGACAAGCAACGGCAACUCGAGAGAGCUCGGCAGAAAGAGAGCGAUGGCAAACGCCGCUGUCAUCAGAAAGCAGACGACCGAACGGCUGUCCAUGCUUCUUCACUUCGCGGUCGGGACUGCGCACCAAGGCACAUGCGGGGUAGUGGCGACUUAUUCGGGUCCGAAGAGGAGGACGAGGAAGAAAAGGCGGACGAAGGAGAGGAAGAAGAGGAAGAAGGAGAGGAAGAAGAGGAGGAAGAAGAAGAGGAAGAAGAGGAAGAAGAGGAGGACGAAGAAGAGGAGGACGAAGAAGAGGAGGACGAAGAGGAAGAAGAGGACGAAGAGGGAGAGGAAGAAGGAGAGGCAGAAGACGAAUACGAUGACGACGAACACUAUGAAGAGGAUGAGUUGUCACCGUAUCAAAGUGAAGACGUGAGUGACACGGGGUCCUUUGGAGAGUCGUGCUCCGUUUCCUCUGAGGCGGAGGAUGGCGAGAACGAGGAAGAUCGAGAAGAGGGGGACAUACAAGAGGACGAUUUCGAGGACGAGGAGGACGAGGCGAGCUGGGAGGAAGACUGGCACGAUGAGGAAGCGAGCGAUGUGGAGGACGACGCGGACGAGGAAGACGAUUAUGACAUGUAUGAAGUGGGAGACAAAGAAAACUUUCCCUCGUCUCGUUCGUCGUCUUCUGGUCGAUCGUCUCCUCAACUGUCACCGCGAUCGCCCUCCCUCUCGCCUUCCAGCAUCCCGUCUGCCUCCGCCCCUCGCACGCCUUCUCCUAAACUGUCGCUCUCGGCUCUUCCACUGGAACGGUCUUCUUCGGCGUUCCAAACAUCGCACGGCUCUCCCUCUUCGUCCUCUCGCUCUUCCUCCUCUUCUUCCCAGUCUUCUUCUCGAGUCGCAAGGAGACCUCUCGCCCAAGGCAGUCGACGCAAACCAGAAAAGGACAAAAAAGCGAAACGGGACGUCUCUAUAUCGCUGCCGCCUCGUCGAAGCUCGCGCCUCGCUGGCGUCGCUGCUUCUCCCCUUUCUCCGUCUACGCCUCGCACCGGCGGCUGUGCACCCCUUCGCGCUCCUUCCUCUCCAGCGCACACGGGGGCAAUGUCGAAUCGACUCCUCUCGUUCUCAUCUCCUCAGUCAACCGCGGAUGGAGCCCCGCGCGGUCGCGGAAAGGCGGCAGUCUCCGGGGGGAAAGCCGGCGAAGCGUGCGGCGGUUCUGUGCGAAGACCGGGCGAAGGACGAGACGAAACGGAGAAACGGAAGAGGCCAGCUUCGUGCUCAAGCGUCCCCAAAGAGGAUUCCUCCUCUCUCUCCUCUCUGCGGUCAGGCGCGCAAGUGCGGCAGCGAGACACGGACGGAGACAGGAGACCAGAGGCGUCCCUCCAUGCUUCGUCUCGGAGCCGCGCCGCGGGGAAACUUCGAGAAAACGCCUCGGCUGCCUCGGCCCUUUCGUCUUCCUCUUCUCGCGGUUCGAGCGCGAGGGAGAAGCGGCCGAGCGGACUCGGCGGCCGUCUGGGGUCGGCUGAGCGCGAGCGCACAGCUGGGAAGAAGGUCGAGGAGACGGGGCGAAAACGGCGGAGGCUUACAGACGACCAGGAGGCGCGGGCCGGGGAAUCGCAGACGCACACGGACCGCGGCGGCCAAAGAGGCGACCGGGAAUGCGACCUCUCGAGUAGGCCGUCGCAGCAGUCGAGCAGCCAGGCACGCAAGAAGGAGGAACGCGCGUCUCGUUUGUCUUCUCGUUCGUCUUCGUCUCCUUCCGGCACGUGUUCGGCGUCGUCAGCCCCUUCGUCCAUCUGUUCUCUCCAGGCGGGGCGCGAGAUGGUCCGUGCCAAGACGGAAGGCGUGCGAAGCAGAAGGCAGACAGCCGACGCACAGGAUGGACCUUCUCGAGGGCUAACUCCCCGCUCGCGUAGUUCUUCUGUCCCCUCCUCUUCUCCUCCGAGUUCCUCUUCCUCCUCAGCUGCGACCGAUGGAUCAUCUACGUUAAUCCCUGGGAGCGAAGCGCAAGAGAAAGACGCUGAAGAGGGGGGAACAGUGGUCCGUCGUCGUCGUCUUGUUCGGCUGCUGUCUCCCUCCGACAGCGAGGAUGAUGGAGACCAGCAGGCGCCCCUGACGUCUGCAGAAACACGGCGGUAUGCCCAAAGCGCAUCCAAGUCUCCCCUUGCUGAGACGCCUUCUGUUUCCUCUGCGCGACCGCCUUCCUCUUCCUCGUCCUCUGUUCCUUCCCUCUCGUCACCUUCAGCUUCGUCUUCUUCAUCGUCUUCCUCUUCGUCGUCGUCUUCCUCUUCUUCAUCGUCUUCCUCUUCUUCGUCUUCCUCUCCGUUCCCGUCGCUCUUCGCAGGGAAAUCGCACGAGGACAACGAUGACUUGGAAACUGCCUGGAAAAUCGUUUCCGCUCGUGUGGACAAGCAUGUGGAGGCACUUCGUCGAUUUGCCCAGGAGCUUGAGAGGGAGAAGGAAGCGGCGCGGCGGUCUCCCGGUCCGGGGAAGAAGGGCGCUGCAGAGCCCACCGCUGGGCGAGGCCUUCUGCACGCAUGUGGGAGACUGAGGAAGCGUGGGGCGUCUCCGGCCUCUUCGGUUUCCACGCCCUCGAGCGUUCAGCCGCCCGAAGCAGCGACAGAGGACGCGACCGGCAGACAGCGUUCUUCGACGAGCACCGAGCGAAGAGAAGCCGGGGCGCGAGACAGAGACAGCGCGGAGGCGCAGCGGCGGACCAGCGCCAGGGCAGCGUCGAAAUUCAUUCUGGGCGGGUUUCGCCCGCCGAAGCCAAGCGCGAGAACGCGAGCAACGUCGUCCCUGUCUGGUUCCCGAGACACGCAGCAAGGCGCCGCUUCUUCGGAUCUAGUGCAAAGUGGAACUGUCCGCGCCCCGCCGUCUGCGUCGCACGCUGCUGCGAGCGAGAGCCUCCCGUUUGGGCGUCGGGAGCGGCAGGCGCCAGCAGAGUCCAGCGGGGGCGGCGCUUCAAGCCCCGAAGACGCGUCUCUCUCGGCUGUCUCUUCGGCCAGGGGGAACAAGGGCGGGGACACCGGAGACGCCGGCGGCGCUCACGACGGCCGAGACGCAGAAGAGGAAGAAGUCUUGCCCGAUGACGUCGACUGCAACGUCACCUUGGAGGAUGUCGGAGGCUUGACGGAGGCGAUCGGGGUGCUUGAGGAGGCGGCGGCGGGUCUCUUGAAUCCCGAGCUGUUUUCGUCCUUUUCAGCCACGUGCUCGCCUCUGCUGCGCCCGCCGCGGGGCGUCCUCCUCUGCGGACCUCCAGGGACGGGCAAGACGCUGUUGGUGCGAGCGUUUGUGGGGAGUUUGCGUCGCGCGGGGCACAGAGUGUCGCUCUUUGUGCGCCGCGGCGGCGAGAUGUUGUCCAAGUGGGUCGGCGAAGCGGAGAAGAGCCUGAUGCAGUUGUUCAGUGCGGCCGAGAAGCAUGCGCCAUCCAUCAUUUUCUUCGACGAGUUGGACGGCAUGGCCCCGUGCCGCGAAAAGAACCUGUUUUCAAAGUCCGGGGACGGCGACGCCGGCAACCCCACGUCCGGCGCCGGCGAGCAAGCGGCGCUGGUAGCCACACUGCUCGCCCUCAUGGAUGGCCUGAAGCCGAUGCAGAACGUGCUUAUAUUCGGAGCAACAAACUGCCCGCACCUGAUCGACAGCGCCCUGCGGCGCCCAGGCCGGUUCGACCGCGAGUGCAAAUUUGCGCCUUUCAACGACGUCCAGAGUUGCCUGGCCAUUCUCAAAAAGUUCUUGCGGGAACAGCUCGGUCAGCGACGCCCCCUGCAGAACGCAGGGGGGAGGCGACCGCGAAAGCAGCGAGAGACAGCGAGCGGCGGCGGAGACUCUGCGAAGGAGAGCAGCGCCGGACCAACAGGCCAGGAGGCGGGCGCUCCCCUGGGAUCGCGCGAGGGAGACCACUGCCUGCAGAAGGGGUGGGAAGUGGACGACACCCUGGAAGAAGAACUUGUGAGCAUUGCCCAGGGAAUGCGAGGCAUGACUGGAGCCGAAGUCCAGCGCGUGGUGAUGGAAGCUGCGAUGGCGGCGACCCGAAGAGAGAAACCAGAACUGUUCGACAUCUCCCUCCUCGGCCAGGCGCAAGCAAACUGCGAAGCCGUCGACUGCGAGCCGUUUGCCUUCUCCUUGUUCUCGCGGACGUCUCCUCCUCCUGAUGCCGAGAACGAUGUCGCCGCCUCGGUGCUCGGCCCUUCGCGAUUGCUGGCGGCGCUGUUUGGAAAGACGAGACACCGUGGAGCCUCUCUCGUGUCGAUUGACGACUUGGAAGAGGCUGUGCGACUCGUGCAAAGCACAACCGACCGGGGACGAGGCGCAGGGUGGACGGCUUCGCGAGACGCCGCGGGCGUUUGGGGAGGCUCGCCAGCGAAAGGCCAUGACCUGGCGCAGCGCGGCGGCAGCGUGAGUCGGCGCGUCAUGAGACUGUUGGACAGCCAAAGGGAGGAAGAAUCACGCAGACGCGGACGAAAGGAAAGCCCUCCGCGGGCGCCGUGCGUUUCGUCUUCCCUGUCGUCGCUGCCGGCCUGUGUCGGGGACCUCGACGCCGAUCUCGCGCUAGACAUCCCCUGGAGAGGCGACGAGGAAGAGACGCCUCUACCGCAGUGCGUCCGCCGAGCGGCCUCCGCUGCCGCCGCGCUUUCCUCUUGCUCGCCUUCGUGCUGCUGUCUGUGGACAGCCGCCACGGAAGCGUCUCCGUUCUUCCGGCGGCCCGUCGCGUCCAUUCUUCACUUCCUUUUCCGCUCUCACGACGGCCUCCUCUUCGAGGCGUGGCAGCGCCUCUUGGCUAGGGACAGCCUCCUGUCCCUGGCGAAGCAGGCGUCGCCGCCUGCGAUGUCGCUGUCGGCGUUCUCGCCUUCCGGGGAGUCGCCGUGCGGGCCAGCCGCAAGUCGCCGUCUGGAGCUGGAGAACGGCGCGCCGGCUGCAUGGAGACAGCUUGGAAGGUCCAAGACCAGCAGCGCGUCCGGAAACGGAGGCUCGGUGAGUCUUUCCGGUGGAAACGCCCUCCGAGCGGAUUGGGUAGUCUCCGCCGACCCUGAGGCGAACGGGGCGCGGCGCCCCGACGCAGCCUGGACAGGCGCCGCGGAGGAAGGAGGCGAGAAGGCCGGCGCUUUUGGAAUCGACGACAGAGUUUCGUUGUCGAUUGGCGAGGAUGAAGCCGCGAGUCAGGGCCAGCGCUCGCCCGGCCGAGAGACACCUUUCUCUCGCUGCUCGGUGUUCUCUUUUGAAGUCGCAGUUUCGUCUUCUAGGCCGGCCGCAGAAUCAGAGGGCUCUCCUGCCUCUGUUCCUCCUCCGGCCGGCGAGUCCACGUACGCGCUCCACAGGUUCAGUGUCCCCUUGCUGGAGCCCGCGCUCGCCGGGGCGUACCGCCGCGGGGCCGGCGGCGCCUUGGGCUCCAAGUGGCUGCUGCUCAGGGCCGGCGGGAGGUCGAGCAGAGCGAAAGCGACGGGCCGGGGGGUGGUGCGAGGCGACGGAAAAGUUGGUCUUAAGAUGAAGCACGAAAGCGACGACGCAGACGACGGACUCUCUCUAGGCGUUCUACGCGGCUGCCUCUUGCCUUCGCUCCUCAGUGCGCUUAACGUUGGUUCUCGCGUGGAAAUCUCCCCGGCGACUCUCUUCGUCGGGCCUCAGACGACGGGACCCGGUGGAACGCCCAUUGGAGACGUUUUGCACCGUCUUCUUCAUGUCGCGUCCGGCGCAGAUGACGGCAAAAACGGGGCUGUCAUUCUCUACCAGAUCGCUGAGCUCUGGGCCUGCCUGAGUUCUCUCGAGCGGCUCGCCGUCCUGGAUUGCCUCCACCAGAGCGCAGCGGGAAGCCUUCGCGCUUCGUCCGGCGGCAACCCCGCGUGUUUCUUCAUUGUUUUGCUGGAGAGAAGCGAGAAACUUCCGGCAGACUUGACGCGUUUCAUUGCCAGCGCCGCGUCCGGUUCCGCGCCUCCAACCUUCUCCCUGUCCCGCCUCUCGGCGUCCUUCUCUGCGUCUCUCGCCUCUCGCGCAAGCAGCGCCGCCUGCGCGCGCCGCGGCGACGGGCCGAAAAGGUGCAAAGACGACGCGGACCCUGGCCCUCGCGAGGCAGGCAAGGAGGCACCCAUGGACAAUCCGACAGUCUACGAGGGAGCCGCCCUCCUGACUUGUCAGUUCGUGGAGGCCGUCGAGCAGCGACUGCGCAUCUGGCUAGAGAGUCGCGACGAAGAGGAUCGCCGCCUCCUACGGUUGAAGGCCCGCGCGGGCCUUUCGGGGAAGGACGGGACAGUGUCUCCGUCGGAGGCGGCGACUCCGCUUGCCGCCCAUAUGUUUUCUCUCUUCUCUCGCGGGGACAAGACGCAACGCGGAACCGAUCCGGCUGGAGAUCCUCCCUGUUUCGCCUUUCAGCCUUUGUUCGCUGGCGGACCCUCCGUCGCGCCGUCUCUGUGUCUGGCGUGCUGCGUGGCCCAGGGGCGGCAACGAAGCGGCGAAGUUAAAAACUGGAUGCGGGUGGCGAGACUGUUUUCUCUACAACAGAAAAGUGCGCAUCGAAGAUCGGCCAGAGUUCUCCGACAGCGCGAGCCUUCUGCUUCCGCGGAACGAGGCGGUGUAGACACAUCCGAGGCUCUGGAGAAGUGGGAAGAGAAGACGACCAAGAGGAAACUCCAGGCGUCGCUCGCCGCGGCGCUGAGGCAGGCCCUCGAGAAGGUGAAAUCGGCGAAGGCGUGGGAGGAGAACAAAAGGGAGACCGAGGCGGCAGAGGGCGAAAACACAGAAAUAGCGGGGAAGCGCAAGGAGGCAGAGAAGGACCAAACAGAGACAGAAAAGGAGACAGAGGAGACGGAGGAGCAGUCGCACCAUGGAGAGGCGGGAGAGCCGACGAUGCGGACAGAGAGAGAGGGAGAGCGAGGUGGCAAGCCAGUUUCGCUGGAAAAGGAGAGAGAGGAAGGCCGCUUGAAAGAGACGGCGAAGGCGUCAGCGCCCGCCGACGAGGCGGAACGCGCAGAUGCUGACGCUUUGUUGUUUUCAGACUCCGAGGGGUGUGAAGACGAGGCAGAACCGCGAACAGCGGAUGUGGGUGGCGACUUCGAGGGCGACGAGGGGGGCGGGGAGUUGUUGGGCGGGGACGCGCGAGGCGACGGGAGACGAGACGAAUCAGAAGCGAAAAGGGAAUCGGAAGGCUGUUUGGACGCAGCCGAAGACAAAGUUGAGGAGGCAGAAAAAGAGGAGAAGAAGGAUGGCGAAACGGAAGUGGAGAGCGACGACUCCGACACAGGAAAGCAGCUUUUCUGUGUGUCUUCGUCAGACGCUUCUGACGACGCGUCGGGAUUCGAGGAUCCACACGAAGAGACAGGAGACGAAGAGGAGCGAAUCGCGGAAGCCGCAAAGCACGCGCCUGUUUUGAGCCUGCGAGGGGAAGACGCCGAAGAGGAGAAAAAGCAAACAGGAGCACCAGAGGGGCGAUCACCUGCGCACUCUCAGCAGGCGUCGGCGUCUGGCCAGGGCAAAAGGAGGAACGCGCAAGAAACGGAAACAAGAGACGAGAGGAGCCUCACGGGCGCGCACCGGCUGACACGCGAACAGCGAGGCGAGCGAGACUCCUCAAGACCGAACGGGAACCCCGGUGAGUGGGUCCACGGCACGCAGAACGACGAACGCCUAAAAGAGCGUGGAGGCGAGAAACCCCCGCAAGGAGACUCCGCGGAAAAGGACGAACAGAGGCUCGGCCUGGCUUCCACAGCAGACGACGCGGCCUGCAAGACGGAAGGUUUCUGGGUGUUGUGUGGCCUCGAACUUCUCGUCGACGAGCUCUUGAGGCGGAACGCUGCUGGCGCGUAUUCGUCCCUGGAAGCCUUUGAGUCAGACCUUCUUCUCCUGCUCCUGGUUCUGCGCCGGUCGCUCCCGCUCUUCCUUCGCCGCCUCCGCGUCGGCAGCGGCGACCGGACGCGUGGGAAGAGAAAGGACCGAGAGACAGACUGCGUCUUGCUCGGCCAGUUGCCUGCUCUCGGAAGAAGUGCAGAACCCUCGGAAGAAUCAGCAGGAGGCCCAAGCACGGACGGGGUCGGAAGCGACCAGGCUGGGGCCGCGCGGCGCGAAUUGCGGGGCCGCAUUCAGCGCCACUCUUCGCCGCCGCUGGCGACGGCGGAGACACUUUCCGAGGGCGGCGCAGACAAAGGAGACAGCGCGGCGGGGUCGGGAGAAGGAGCGAAAGGCGUCGGAGACAGCGAAGUGAAGCCUCGGGGGCGCCUCUACUCGUGCUCUUUUGCUUCCUCCUAUUCCUUCGUCAGCGCCAGCCGUUUGCACGCAUCAAACGAAGGUCAGCGAUUUGAGGACCGGGAGAGAAAAGCGGAGGAAGCAGGCGCCGAGGACGAAGAGACCGGCGAGAUCGAAGGGGAAGUGCGAGACGUCUUCAACCUGCUAGGCAGCGACGUGUGGCGUUUCCUUCUCGCAUCUUGUGGACAGCCUUGGCGGGACCUAGAGAGAGAGCGGCAUCUCUUUGCACUCUUCACGCUGCGCGAAACGUGCCGUGAGGCAAGCGAGGCGAGUGGCGAGGAGUGGGGAAGACGGCGACGAAGGCGAAAGGACGAGGAAGAAGAACUUUCUGAACCAGGCGAUGCACUCCCUGUUCGCGGCAGAAGACUGGAGUUACCGCUGAAGCUCUUGGUUCCGCGCGUCCACGCCGCCAUGGUGGCCUUCGUUCAGAAGCGGCAGGAAGUCCGACGGCUCGAAAAAGAAACGCGAAGCGCUGCCGCAGAGUCCGCGCCCUCGCCUCUGACGCCCGCCGACCUGUCAUCAGUCGCCGUUCACAAGGUGCGGCGACAGUCUCACGGCGGGGUCUGUUCCCCGCGGUCCGCGUCGUCUGUCGCACCUUCUCCGCCCCAAUGUUCUUCGGACAGAGAGGAAGCCUCGUCGCCGCCUGCGUCUUCUGUGCGUCGAGGAUCCCUCAGUUCCAGCACGCGAGAGCCCUCGACGGAUCCUGCGUGUACUUUCUCGCGGACUUCGCCUCGGUCGUCGUCUGCAGCUGCAGCCUCGGGUUCUGCAUUCUGUCCUGCGUCCCCGGUGGUCGCGGCUUCGCCUUCGUCGUCUCUGUCGCUGUCCCUCGUGGAAGACGUGCUGGCUGUUCGAGGAGCGUUGCUCCGCCAUGUGCUUGCCUCGCCCACGCUCCAACUGUUUCUGGACUUCUUUGAGGACUGUUUCCAGCGCUACUCCUCGCUCUGUUCUGCGUACCAAACCUUCUUCUUUUCUGUCGCGCCGAGCCUGUGUCCGCGUUUGGAGGCAUUUCUGCUUCUCUCCCACGCCGCUCGGCAGGCGACAGAAAAGGCGCUCGCACAGCUUCAGCCGAACGGUCUUUCUGCAGACUCGGAAGCGAACGCUCGCAUGUUUGAAACGCGUGAGUUACCGGUCUCCAGGGCCUGUUCAUCUGUCGCUUCGAACACCGCGAAUCCUUGCCGUUCUUCGCUUCUGCAGCCGCGCGACGCGAGUCUGGGCGAGUCUACGGUAGCCUCGCGCUUUGCGGCCGCGCUGGUCUCCGCGUUCUCCUCGGCCACCUUAUCCUCUCUCCCGUUCUGCUCAGACGAUCCGAGCGACGCCUGUCCGCCCGUCACACGCCCGGGUGUGCCCCUGUCUUUCUUUGUCUCUGCCUUCGUGGCGUCUCCCGACUCACUGCUGCCGCUUCCUCGAGCGUGGCGAGAGAUGCAGUGUGCAGCCGAGCUCCUGCGGGGUACGGGCGAGGCAGCUGGCCUCGGCGACCGGAGGACAGCACCUCAAAGCUUUGCGGACGGCGGCGCCUGGCGCGAAGAAAGCUGCGGCACAAAGGAAGCGGCCGAGUCUCUGGACGCACAGGGAAGAGACCCUCAGGGCGGCGCAGACGCGAGUCAGCAGAGAGCGGUGCUCGAGAGACAAGAGAAGACCAGCGAAGCAGGAACCGGCGACGGUGUUACCAGAAAGGGGAGCGAGCGGAGCGGUCAGGCGGGAGGAAGACGCCCGAGGAGGGCGAAUGGACCGGCACACGUUUUCCGGGAUGAAUUCCAAAUGUGCCCCUGUUGCGGAGGCCUGUCGAACUACCCUUUGCAUAUCGACUCUGGCGGAAACGUUUCGAAGAGCGAGGCUGCGCCUGAGCGGGUGACGGGACUCCUCUCAGAGGCCAGGGGACGCUUCGUCGAGGCGCCUCCUUUGUCGUGCUUUGCGCCGUCGACUGCCUCAGAGUCCUUGGAGACGCUGGCUCGCCUCGAAGCCAUGCGAGCAGAGAGAGGCGAAGAGAAGCGGAAGAAGGGAGGGCGCCUCGAGCUUUUCUCCGCGUGGCUUCAGAACGAAGAGAGGAGACUCGCCGCUGUCAGGUCCAGCUUGUCGGUUUCGGAGGACGCCGGGGAACGGCGAGGAGACGGGGACAGCGCGACGUUCAGGCGUUUGCCGCCUGUCAGGAGGGAAGGCGAAAACAGCGAGGGACGCGCAGACGAUCUUUUCCACGCGGGGCCUCUGCGUCUUCUGCUCCAAGUCGUGGACGCCAUGGCCCAAGACAUGUUGCUCGUGUAG